AACACCCACCACGCUUCCCAGGCUCAGUCAUCAGGGGUUCAGUCUCUUCAAGAGGAACCUGCUCCAAAUCACCAACGCAAUCCCAGUUGAGGCAAAGCGUGGGUCGCAAAGAGGGACCAUGAGAUCCGGAUAGUUUUUCCUCGCAGUGUUUGCCAUGCCAGACACGAACAUCCCCGAAUUUGGAAAGGUUCUUCUGACUUCAGGAAGUCUGUGACGGAUAAAUUGCAUUAGCUAGUCAGAAGGUUUAAGUGGAAGCAAAUAUUUGUAACCUAUAUUUAACUAUAGUCUAUCCGUCACAGUGCGUUUGGCAAUACGGUCGAAUUGCUCAAAAACUAAAAGUGGCUGAAUAGGAAGCGAUCAGAAACUCCUCACAGGACAUGCUCUAUCAUCUCAACGGAUUACCGACAGCUCAGUCCUCUUAAAUCGGAUGCACAAAAGGAAUUAAAUCACUCAAAUUGCUUCCUCGUUGGAUAAGAUCACAAUUUGCACUUAACAUCAACAAAAGCGUCAUAUGCUGAUGGCUCAACGGUACGAAGACCUUGCCCACUAUGGUGGCGGUAUGGAUGGAGUUGGGGUUCCGACGUCCAUGUACGGGGAUCCGCACGCGCCUCGGCCCCUGCCGCAGGUUCAUCAUUUGAACCACGGGCCACCGCCACAUGCCAACCAGCACUACGGGGCCCACGCACCGCACAGCAUCAUGCCCAGCAGCAUGGGCUCGGCUGUCAACGACGCACUUAAAAGAGACAAGGACCAAAUUUAUGGGCACCCGUUAUUUCCGCUUCUGGCGCUGGUGUUUGAGAAGUGCGAGCUGGCCACAUGCACACCGAGAGAGCCUGGAGUCGCUGGAGGAGAUGUGUGCUCAUCCGAUUCAUUUAACGAGGACAUCGCUGUGUUUGCCAAACAGAUGAUACAGUCAAUACAAGUAUUACGAUUCCAUCUUUUAGAACUCGAAAAGGUGCACGAGCUUUGCGACAACUUCUGCCAUCGGUAUAUUAGCUGUUUGAAGGGCAAAAUGCCCAUUGACCUGGUAAUUGAUGAUCGGGAUGGAUGCAAGACCGACUUCGACGACCUCUCAGGAUCCUCGACAAAUCUAGGAGAGCACAAUCCAGCAUCCUGGAGAGACAUGGACGACGCUCACUCUACUCCCUCAGUCGGCACCCCAGGACCCUCCAGCGGGGGACAUGCCUCUCAGAGCGGAGACAACUGCAGUGAACUAGGAGAUGGCUUGGAUAACAGCUUGGCAUCUCCGGGAACAGGGGACGAGGACGACCAAGACAAGAAACGGCAGAAGAAGAGAGGAAUCUUCCCCAAAGUGGCGACCAACAUAAUGCGGGCGUGGCUCUUCCAGCAUCUCACGCACCCCUACCCAUCUGAAGAGCAGAAGAAGCAACUAGCGCAGGAUACAGGCCUCACCAUCUUACAAGUGAAUAACUGGUGA